AUGAAUUUCGUAUUGUCAUCUGUUCUUGGACACCACACCUUAGCGUACUUGGAUGAUGUGAUUGUGUACUCCAGGGGCUUCUCGCAGCAUUUGAAAGAUCUAGAAGAAACCCUGCAGCUGCUGGCAGCAGCUGGAUUGAAGCUGAACAUAGAAAAGUGCAAGUUUGCUGCAACCACAAUCAAUUUUCUGGGUUUCACCAUAUCUCCUGAAGGUGUAUCACCUCAUCAAGAUAAAGUUGCAACUAUUUUAGCAACACCUGCACCGCAAACUGUUAAGGAAGUUCGUCGUUUUUGGCUUCAGUUCUGCGACAGCCAGACUUCGCAACCCUUUGAGCUACACAGAUCCAUCGACUGUGAGGCAUUAGUGGUUGUUGAGGGCGUUACUGUCUUUGAUUCGUAUUUAUAUGACCAAGUUUUUGAUCUACACAGACCAUCGUCCUCUUAUGUUUGGGAGCUGUCGUCACAAGAACUUGCCCUGGAGCAACGCCAGGAUCUUGCACAUCAAGAUAUCUUAUCCUAUCUAAGUGAUGGCACUGUACCGAAGAAAAAGCCUCCAGUUUCCCUCUCCGACUUCGAGAUGAAAGAUGGGGUCCUGUACCGGUUGUUACACCUGCCAGAUAAGAUUGUGUACCAGCUGUGCGUUCCGGAAAGAUUGCGUGACUCGGCAUUGAAAGCGGAGCAAUGCAGGUAUACAUCGACAUAUGAGAAUCUGCGGAACAUGUUUACUGGCCCAAUAUGCUACGUGAUGUCCGCCAGUAUGUUGAACAUUGCCUGUGUCAGCAGUCAAGAGGGUCACCCAACGUGCACCCGGUAUACAUCGGACAUAUGA